CCGAAGUAAAGUAAACGGGGGAGGGUCGGCUACGGGGGGGCUUUCAGUGAGUUACAAUGCGUCUUUCACGGUGUUGAACAGUCUCGGUGAACGAUGAGCCAACUUCGCCGGUCGUCUCGAAGCGGAGCGAGCCACUCUUGAGCCCCGAAAACGAGUCCUUCUUGGCGGGGGAGAGCGAGAAUGCAGAAGCCGAGCGCCCUGCUCCCUGUUGUCGGCUUGACUGGGAAAUGGUAGCGUACUGCAGGAACCGCACUUGGAAGGAACAUGGUCGAGAGGAGCAGCAAAUUCUUGUUGAUCGUCGUCGGAUCCGUGUGUUUCAUGCUGAUUCUCUAUCAGUACGUGGCUCCCGGGGUGAUCAAUUUCGGCUCCCCGCACGGUUAUUUCACGGAGGAAGACGAGGGGGACAUCUUCCCGACUCCGGACCCCCACUACGUUAAGAAAUACUACUUCCCCGUCAGGGACCUGGAGAGGACGAUCGAUUUCCAAAUCAAAGGAGAGGACGUGAUCGUGUUUUUGCACAUCCAGAAGACCGGGGGGACUACCUUCGGCAGACACCUGGUCCAGAAUGUCCGUCUGGAGGUCCCCUGCGACUGCAGACCGGGCCAGAAGAAGUGUACCUGCUACCGGCCGAACCGCAAGGAGACCUGGCUCUUCUCCCGGUUCUCCACCGGCUGGAGCUGCGGCUUGCACGCCGACUGGACCGAGCUCACCAACUGUGUGCCGGGGGUCCUCAACAAGAAGGAGAACAAGCAGAAAAAUCUAAGGAAGUUCUACUACAUUACUCUGCUGAGGGACCCGGUGUCUCGAUACCUUAGCGAGUGGCGGCACGUGCAGCGGGGAGCCACGUGGAAAACCUCCCUGCACAUGUGCGAUGGACGAACCCCCACGCCAGAGGAGCUGCCCUCCUGCUACGAGGGCUCCGACUGGUCGGGGUGCACCCUGCAGCAGUUCAUGGACUGUCCCUACAACCUGGCCAACAACAGACAGGUUCGUAUGUUAGCGGACCUGAGCCUUGUCGGCUGCUACAACAUGUCCACUGUUCCGGAGAAGAAGAGGGCCCAGCUUCUGCUGGAGUCGGCCAAGAAGAACCUACGAGACAUGGCCUUCUUUGGUCUGACGGAGUACCAGAGGAAAACCCAGUUCCUGUUUGAACGAACCUUCAGGUUGCGCUUCAUCAGGCCGUUCAUGCAGUACAACAGCACCCGAGCUGCAGGGGUGGACCUGGACAACGCUACGGUCCAGCGUAUAGAGGAGCUGAACGAGCUGGACAUGGAGCUGUACGACUACGCCAGGGACCUGUUCCAGCAGCGCUACCAGUACACCAGGCAGCAGGAGAGGCGGCAGCAGCGCAUCAAAAACCACAUGCAGCAGAGCCACCGAGGCCUGGGCCUGGGCGUCAACCUGUGGCCCUCCCACAGCCGGCAGAGCCUGGCGUCGACGCUGGAGGACGGGGACGGGGAGAGGGAGGAGCGGGAGGAGGGUGAGGAGGGAGGCAGAACGGAGGAGGCGGGCAGCAGGCUCCCCACCGAGGACUACAUGAACCAGAUUAUCAACCGCUGGUAGCAGCAAAAUGAGAACAAACACACAGACAUGCAUAUGUAAUGUGAAAUAUAUACACACACACAUACACAGAGAGCGGCGCCUGCAUCAAAGACCCACAUGACUGACAAACAGACUCCAGCAGAGAACUGGGCUGCAGGAAUGAGAGUCCAAGUGGUUGCUAUUGAGACCUGGGCUGGGUCCAUUGCAUCAGUUCACGUUAUUGAGCUUCGCCCAGUUGUUAUUAGCACCCGCCUGCCCCCCCCCCCCCCUCCCCCCUUUUCUGUCUCUCCUGUCAUCAUUACUGACUGAGCACAGGAGAGAUAUUUUUAAGAGUUGCUGACAACCGAGUGUCUCAUCCAUCUCUUCCGCCUCCCCUCCUCCUCCUCUUCCUCCUCCUCCCCCUACUCCUCCUCCUGUGUUCCUUUCGUUCUCUGUGGCCUAAUAUGGAGCAUGAGAAAAAUAAAAUUAAGUCUGUGAAUUCCCACUAAUCUUUGCUGAAAGGACCAGUCUACUUCCUGGAUGCUCCAAUUUCAAAGGGACUUGGGAAAGCUAUAAAAAUACGCUAAUGGCUGAGCUGAACAAAGAAAACGGAGGGAGUGCACGAGAGACUGAACCUGAAAGAAAGAAGCGAAGAAAAGUUGGACUGUGUAAUAAAGCUUUCUGCUUAAAAAAAAAAAAAAAUCAGCCAUUUCACCCAUGAACACGCUUUGGUCAUGAAAUAGUGACUCAUUCUCAUUUUAGGAUGAUUUCAUUUGUAUUUUCCUUUUUGUUUAUGCUUUUUUAAAGCAGAAUUGUAAUAACACUGAGACCAAUAUUGCUGCCUAAAGAAAAGUGAUUCCUUUAUUUCUUUAUUUUUAUUGGUUUUAUAAGAUGACGGAUCGGAUGGACGUACAAUGGACCAUAGCCAUUACUGAAGCCUUGCAUCUUGUUGUGGGGGGGAAGGGGGGAAUUUGUCUUGUCUCUGUGGUAAAGGUUCCCAAAGCUCCUGUCGCUUAAUGAGUUCAUUAUUUCUCCCUUUCGCUCUCUUUUUGUGUCUCAGUCCUGCAGAGAGUAACAGCCAAUUACAGAGCAGAAUCUCACAUAGGUGCGAAGAAAUCAAAGGCAGGGAGAGGAGUGAGUCUGCUGCAGGUUGUUGCCAGGAACCGUGCUGUGUGAGCGACAAGCGCUUUGGAAGCCUUAACUCAGACGAAUGCUCGGGACGGGAGUUGUGGACCUACCGGUCACCAUGGCAAUGUGAGCCCUUAAUGUAGUGGGUGGCAUUUUCAGUUUCUCCCUCUUUUUUUUUUUUUGUCCUGACCAAAAGCUACAUUGUAAAAGCGUCGGUCUCGAACAAGCCUCCUUCCCACCUGCUGAAAGGGCACGCACAGCGCCGGUGACCCGUAGUUCGUUAGCGCGGCCGGUUUUUAACUUGGUUUUACCCUGAAGAAUGCACGGGGCGAGGUAGCAGUGCCUCUAUGUACUGGGAUCAUAGUCAACAUAAUUAUACUGCAUUAUACUACAGUAAUUUCUCUGACUACUCGUGUGUCUGCGUGGAUGAGUGUUAAUCUGUGUGUGUAAAUAGUAUGUACAGUAUGCCUUUGAUUGGCGUAUGUGUAUGCCUUUGUAAAUAGUGUGCCUGACUGAGAGCAGAUGCCUGAUGAGUUUUGUGAGUGACUGGUUCCAUGACCAAUUUUCAUGCCAUUUUUUGUUGUUUUUUUUUUUUUUUGUGGUGGAGGGCAGGGCCACAAAGUCCCUCCAACAGCAUGUCACAGCAAUGUGACCAUCGCAGUGAUGCAAGCCAAUAAUACUCCCCUCUGCCCUUUCCUUUACCACUUUCUUUCCCCCUGCCCUCGUCUCCUCCCCAUGUUGUGGUUACAUAUGAGGACUGUAUCACUAGAGUGUAAAAAAUCUGCCUGUGUGACAUGUCUUGACUCUCAACAGCAAUGUACAAGUACGGUCGGGUGGCUCCAAUCAGGAAUUUCCACUGUUUUAAUCCGUCAUGUGCUCGUGGUUCAAACUUUUUCAUAUGAUAGGUGACAGAUUUUGGUGGUUCUCAAUUGGCAAAAUAUCCUUGAUUUGCUGCUCUGAUGCUAACGAAUCUCUCAUUGAGCAUUUUAUCUCUCCUCCUUCUCAAAGAGCACCGAUAGAAAACAUUUAUGUAGCUUCCACUGGUUAAAAUGACAGACAUCAGCGGCGGCGGGCCCAUGUGCGACCUCAGCACACUGUACGUUAAACUACGCAAACCUUAGGCGGAAAUCAAAAUCACUUUUUUUACUUGUUAGCCAGCAGCUGGUCAUAUCUUCAAAGGGAAUGUUUGUGACCCCACAGGUGUCAGCUGUCUGGCCAGGAAGAUAAAAUGUUGGCCCUGGGUGAAUUUAACAUUUAAAUCUAAUGUUUCCAUAGAUUGUGCUGGCUGCUGGCACUACCCGAGCAGCUGACCGAGCGUGCAUUCCGGCAUAGAGGAGGACUGUGGUGAUAUCCGAUUAAACACUGCUUUCGCCCCGGGUAAACAUUUUAUCCGUCCGAAAAAAAAAACUUGGGAGACGUGCUGCUGGAUAAGUGUAGCUAAAAUAACAUUUAGCCUUUUUUGCCUUUUCUCCUAAGGUUAACGUAGGGAACACUGUUAAUGAAUCACAGCUAAAAUAAAACUUUGACAGUGUCUGUACUCAGCCAAAGAUGGCCUGAAUGGGAAGAGACCUCACUCUGUAACUGCGAGUGGACCGUGUGGUUUUGUAGUCCAGCAAAACCAACGGAGUUAUUCGUUUUCUCUUGGGAAUCCAGCUGAUUGCGUCAUGUGUAAUUUUUCCAGUAUUUCAUGAUCAACUUAAUAGUUCUGUAUCAGGACUUCCAGCAUUUGGAGCAAGUUGCUUGCAAAACAUAAAGUCAGCUGCACCCAUUGUUUGAAUGUGUCGGACACAUUUAAUCAGCAUUUCAUGUGUGUAUGUUCGUCUCAUUUUCAGGUUGUAGGUGCAGCUUGUGAACAUUAAAAACUUUAAGUGUUAAGUGAACAAAAGGCGAUUUUAACUCUGAACUUUUCAGGAAGGGAUUCAAAAAAGGAUUGAGAUUCAAUAAGCAACUUUAAUACUGGAUUUAUAUGCCGUAAAAUGUGAUUUGAACCCCAACUUUAUCUACAUGCAAAGAAUCUGAGCAAUAAGAGGGGGAAGAGAAAAAGACGUGUCACAGCCCGAUUUAAUCAAACUGAAUGUAGUAAUGGAAGUUUGGUGUUAUUUAGGGGUCGACGGGAGGAUGCAAGGACACUUGGUAUUAUUCUGAAAAAUAAUAUGUUGCAUCCUGUUGUUGACAAUAGUUUUUUUUUUUUUUUUUUUUUUAAGGAAGUGGAAGCGACCGUUUAGCCGCUCACCACCCUCCUUGUUAAGUUUCAACUGAUCAUCCCGGAUCCUCCCGUGUGUCUCCUUUUUGAUCAGCUCCUUUCAAAUCAGGGAUGAUUCAUGAAGGGAAGGAGGGGAGAACAAGGGGGGAUGAUAAAAAGGUAUUGGGAUACAUCCAGAGUCAACAUGCUGCUUUUUGUGUAGCCUUCAAAGUAACGCAAAUGGAUAUGGGAAGAGAGAUCUCCCUUUUUUUUUUUUGUGUGUGUGUGUGUGUGUGUGUGUGUGUGUGUGUGUGUGUGUGUGUGUGUGUGUGUGUGUGUGUGUGUGUGUGUGUGUGUGUCGUAUUAACUUCCCCUUCAUUGUACUCUUGAAACUGGAUACUUGAAAACGCUGCAGCUCCAGGCAUUUUGCCCACAACCUCUUUUUCAAAGUCAGACUUGCUCUUAUGUUGGACCGCGUUUGGGCUCCAAACCGUUAUCUGGCUCUGCAUUAGUGGUUGAAGACAGAAUACAGGACUGAUUCUCUACCUUUAAGAGUGUUUUCGACGUUCCAGCUUCAAAUGACCAUCACCUGUACCCGAACAGCGUGUGAAGACAAAGUCACUGAAAUGAUUCCAGGAAUUGAUGCUGUAAAGCUAUACUCAAAUAUUUUAUGUCUCAUCAUUAUGUAUAUCUGAUGUCUUAACAGCUUUUCCUUUGUGACAAUGAAGCAGCCCAGGUGUCGCUAACAUCAUCCUGAUUUGUUUUUGUUUUUUUUUUUUAAGAGUGUGAUAGAGACUUGGGGUUUUUUUUGUUUUUGUUUUUUUUUUGAUCGGCGUGCAGUCUGUCUCUGGCUCCUUCUGUAUGCAUCAUUCUGGGUUUGUUUCUUAUGAUUGCAAAAAUGAAUCAUCAAGCCACCAAUUAAAAUAUUUCAUUUUUACAGA